AUGAGUGCAGUGGUGUAUAUUCGCACCAAAACCAUCAACGACUCGACAUCAACAGUACUGGUAUGCGCGAAGACUAAGGUAGCACCACUCAAGCGCAUGACCAUCCCUCGUCUAGAGCUCACAGCAGCUCUUCUACUGACUCAGCUAGUGGCAUCAACGAAGAAAAUGCUCCACCUCGACCAGGUAGACACCUAUCUCUGGUCUGAUUCUUCAGUAGCACUAGCUUGGAUCAUGAGCCACACAUCAAGAUGGAAGGACUUCGUCCACAACAGGGUCGUCAAGAUCCAGGAAACUCUCCCGAAUGCUACCUGGAGACAUGUCAGCGGAAAGGAGAAUCCAGCUGAUUGUGCCUCUAGAGGCAUAUCACCGAGCCAGCUAGAAGAUCAUCAACUGUGGUGGUCAGGACCUGACUGGAUCAAUCAGGAUCCUGAAGAAUGGCCACAAUCAUCAAUCGACGCUCCAGCUAUGGACAUCCCAGAAGUGGCCAGAGAAGCAAAACCAGCACCAGCACAUCCAGUUGCAAUUAAAAUCAACGAAAUUGCAGAGCUACUCAACAGAUAUCAGACGAUGGCUAAAUUGCUAGCCGUAACAGCUACG